UCUCCCUGUUUUCUCACGCACGCAUGCUCUCUUCCUCUCUCUGUUUUCUCUCACGCACGCUCUCUACCUCUCUCAGCUCUCCUUCGAUAAUCGAAACACUCUCUCUGUUCUCAGUCACGGUUGUCACGCACACGUGCUAUCUUUGCUCUUGCUUCCCAAGUCUCCGUUGAAGCUCUCUGCCUCUCUCUGCUGUCUGCACGCACGCAACGAGGGUUUGGGUUUUCUGAUUCUCAAACACUCAAAAGGUAAUGCUUUCUCACUUCUCAGUUUCCCUCCCUGAAUUUUCUUAAUUUGUAUUGGGUUUUUUGAAUUCUGAUUCUGGAAAAGGGUUUGGGUUCUUGUUCUACCAAUAUUCUUGUUGUUUGUUCUACCAAGAUUCUUUUUCUAGGGUUUGAUAGAAGUGGAACAUAAAAGGAAUGUUGAUGAGGAAAUUGAAAUUGAUAUAUCUGUGGUGUGGAAAUUGAAAUUGAUAUCUCUAUUGAAAGUUGUGACUGCGGGUUCCCCUUCGGUUUCCAUAUUUUGGCAAAAUUGAAAUUGAAUUGAUAUCUUCUAUUUUUCUUGUAUAGGCAGUUUUGUUUGAGGGUAUUAAAGUUGUUGAUUAUGAAUUGUUGGAAAUAGAUCCAGGAAUUUGGCCUCCAAUUUCAAGCUAUCAUCCUGACAUUCAAAAUGAUAAAGGAAAGCUUAUUUAAAAAUAGGUCUUCAUCAACCUCCUCACAAUUUUAUUUACCCUUGGACUGAACAAGAUAAUCAAAGACGUAGAUUUUGCAAAAAUUGGUUUGAUUUGUAUGAUUGGAUUGAUUAUAGUGAAUCUAAGGACCAAGCAUUUUGUUUGUUAUGUUUUUUGUUUAAGAAUGUCUCUAAAUACGGAGGAGAUCACUUUAUGACAGAGGGGUUUGGUGAUUGGAAGAAUUCUCAAUGAUUUCCUAGUUAUGCUACUUCUUCCAAUACUCAUCUUGAUUGUGUGCAUAUAAGUUACGAUCUCAUGAACCCAAACCAAAGUAUUAAGGUUGCAUUUGUUAAUCAAACUAAACAAAUGAAUUCUGAAUAUCGUGUUCGUGUAAACACAUCUCUUAUAGCUACUAUGUUUCUUUUGAGGUGUGGUAUGCCAUUUAGAGUGAGUGACGUGUCCUUUAACUCUUUAUUUAAGGGGCCAUUUCUUGAGUUGGUGGACACUCUAAAGGAAAUUAACCCAGAGAUAGCUAAUGUAAUAAAUUGUGUUUCGGGAAAUAACUUUAUGACUGCCCCUAAGAUUCAAAAGGAUCUUGCUACUGUUUGUGCAUGUGAAAUAACUCAACAAAUUGUAUGUGAUAUUGCGGAUGAUGUGUUUUGUGUUUUGAUUGAUGAACCUGGUGAUGUUGCUGGUAAAGAACAAAUGGUUGUUGUUAUUCGCUAUGUUAAUAGUGAAGGUUUGGUAAAAGAAAGGUUUCCUAGGAUUGUUAGUGUUAAAGAAACAAGUGCUAAGUCACUUAAGGAGUUGUUGUCUAUUAAUGACUUGAGUUUAUCUAGCAUAAGGGGGCAAGGAUAUGAUGGAGCUAGCAAUAUGCGAGGUAAGAUUGGUGGUUUGAGAACUUUAAUUUAAAAUGAAAAUCCAUCCACUUAUUAUGUGCAUUGUUUUGCCCAUCAACUUCAAUUGGCACUUGUUGCAUGUGCUAAGACUCACAAAGAUGUUAGUGUUUUAUUCAGGAAGGUCAGAAUGCUUGUAUACUUUCAUACGGUCUUUUAACAAGAGACAAAAAUUGCUUCGGGACAAAAAAGUAUCUCAAUUUGCUAAAUUGAUUGUAGAGGGUCAGAUAGAGACUGGUAGUGGAUUAGAUCAAGAAUCGUCUAUUGCUAGAGCGGGUCAUAUUUUGUU